GAAUUUCAGUCGUGCACAACAAUGGCAGACGUCAACGCGCACAGCGGUUUCAUCGCACCGAAUGACGAUGCCAGCAACGCAGCCUGGCCUUCGCGGGGCAGCGCGGGCAGAAGCAACGGUAAGGGUAAGGGUAAGGCUAGCAGUGAAGAUGAUGGGGAGGAGGACGAGGACGGCGAAAUAAGCGACUCGGAGCUGAUGGAUCAGCUGGAAGCGGAGUUGGACCAGGAAGAUAGCGGCUUCAAUAUGGACGCAUUUCGAGAAAAAAGGAUGGCUCAAUUGAGGGAGGAGCUCGAUGCUCGCCAGCCCUCUAUGCAACGCGAGUCUUCAUUACGAGGACGAUACACCGAAUUCAAGAACGAGAGGGACAUCAUCCAAUUGACAGCUAAGGAGAAGUUUGCAGUCGUACAUUUCGCACAUCGUGAUUUCCGGCGGUGCAAGAUCAUGGACCGACAUCUUGAGACGAUAGCACCGCAACAAACCUCCACAGUCUUUCUCAAGAUAUUUGUCGAGAAUGCGCCUUUCUUGGUGGAAAAGCUGCAGGUCAAGGUACUACCCUGCGUCAUCUGUUUCGUCGAUGGAGUGACCAAGGACCGGCUGAUAGGCUUCGAGGAACUCGGGAACAAGGACUCGUUUGGCACAAAGGCGCUUGAAUUCAGGCUGCAGCAGGGCGGCGUACUAGAGAAGCGCGAAACCUCCAUCCUCGGCUAUCCCAGCGUCACACAAGCGAAAACCGCUGACGAUGUAGAUGACUGGUAGCAUGAAACGCAGCAAUGCAGUGCAAGUAUCAUUUUCA